AUAAUUUUACAAACUUUACAACUAUUUUGAAUUGAUGGUAUCCUUGCAAGUGAUGCUCAUUUUCUAGCCCUUGAAUUUUCAGUGCUUUUCCCUUAAUGUUGGUUCGAUAUAUGCUUCCGAUGGCUAAAGGAUUCAAGCAUCAGGCAUUCAUAUUUCUUGGUGUAGUUUUACUCUUAAUCAAUCAAUCAGAGCAACUACAAUCCUCCCAGACUCGUAUCCUCUUAAGACUUCAGCUGCUUCUGAAUUAUCCUGAUGUUUUAAGUAGCUGGAAUAGCUCUGUUGACUUUUGCAAUGCCGAACCUACGUCUCAAGUAACCGUUGUGUGCUAUGAAGAAAGCAUAACUCAGUUGCAUAUAACUGGAAAUAAAGGGACCCUUUCGUUACCUAGAAGCUUUUCCAUGGACUCCUUUGUCACAACACUUGUUAAGCUUCCUGAUUUGAGAGUCCUCACAUUGGUCUCUCUUGGUUUAUGGGGCCGUUGCCUGGUAAAUUUGCCCUUUUGUCGUCUUUAGAGAUACUUAAUAUGACUUCAAAUUUACUAUAUGGAACCAUCCCUCAUGAGUUUUCGUCUGUAACCGGCCUUCAGACACUCAUACUUGGUGAGAACAUGUUCUCCGGUCAGUUGCCUGAUUGGCUAGGCUCGUUUCCGGUUUUGACUGUUCUGAGCUUGAGGAAUAAUUCGUUUAAUGGAUCUUUGCCCAGUUCUUUUAGCAUGUUGGAAAACCUUAGAGUUCUUGCACUUUCACAUAAUCACUUCCAAGGAGAAUUGCCUGAUCUUAGCGGCUUGACAAAUCUUCAAGAGCUUGAUCUCGAAGAUAAUGCCUUUGGACCUCGAUUUCCUCAGCUAGGCAACAAGUUGGUCCUCCUUGUAUUGGGAAAGAACAUGUUUAGAUCCGGCUUUCCUCCUGAACUAAGUUCGUUUUACCAACUUCAAUGGACAUGCUGA